CUUUCUAGAUAAAACCACACUAACUCUAGUCCUGCUCAACAUAAUCAAAUAUUAACUCCUAACUUGGUAGUUUAAGCUCAAUUAACCUGUUGAUAUUUAUGAUGCAGAGGACGAACAGGCCUUUCAACUCCGGGUCUUCUGUGACUGCGACCCUAAACGUGCCAGCAGCAGCUUCAAUUUUGACAUUUCUGGAAUCAGCAAUGGGAGAGGAGACCUAAAUAAACUAUCGUUAAUUACCCAACAACUUCCUUAUAUCCUCACCAUGUCCAUCCCUAAAAAUGUCAGCAGCCACCUCACGACUCGCAGGAAACGCUCCACUGACUCAAAGGACACUUGCACAGCCCAGACAGAAACAUGCUGUGUGCGAAGCUUGUACAUUGACUUCAGGAGGGAUUUAGGCUGGAAGUGGAUCCACAAGCCCACGGGCUACCACGCCAAUUACUGCAUGGGCUCCUGCACUUACAUCUGGAACGCUGAAAACAAAUAUUCACAGAUCUUGGCCCUGUACAAACAUCACAACCCAGGAGCCUCAGCCCAACCGUGCUGCGUUCCCCAAAGCCUAGAGCCACUGCCAAUUCUCUACUACGUGGGCCGGCAGCACAAGGUGGAACAGCUGUCCAAUAUGAUCGUGAAGUCCUGCAAGUGUAGCUAAAAAUACAUAGCGGCGUGGAGCGUUGGCACACAAGGAUAUACAACUGAGAAGGAUGAAAGGAGUUUUGUUUGAGACUUGAGGCUCCGACAAAGGGAAUAUUUAAAACCAUCUGGAUCGCUUGUGGUCCAGUUUUCCUCCUGUCAUCCAUGACAUUGUUGUUAUGGAUGCAGAUGAAAGCAUAGACUCCUGUAUAGGUAGUAUUUUCCAUGUCUGAACUGACCUGAACGUGGUUAAAAUAUACAUGUUGAAAUUAAUUUAUUUUGUAGAUUAAAAGUGCAUUUUACAUUUAUUUUAUUACAAAUGUGGAUAAAGCCUGGACCAAAUGAACUUUGAUGGAAGAUAAGCCAUUUCUUUAGGACAUUUAAGACUUCCUUACAAGGUCAUAUUUAUGGUGCUUUAACUGAGGUAUGGAAUUAAGUGCCAUGAAAGAUACCUGUAAUGAUGCAGGUGUUGAGGGCAGCAAAGGGACUGUCCAACUGAGGGGAAUUCCUACAAGUGAAGUUACUGACGAAGCAAUAUCUCACCAACCAUCCAUCACAUUAACUUUCUACAAUGUUACUGUUUAUUAGGAGGGAUUUGUGUUGCCUUUGUGGUUCACAGCUUCAGUUUAUCACAUCACAUACUAGAUCUAUCAUAUCAGAAGUACAUUUCAGCACAAACAAUAAACAUUCGUCUGAAGGUCAAGAUGUAGUACACACAGGAAAGUUUACCAUUUUUAAAUGCACUUACAAUUUGUACUGAUAAAAAUGUUAAAAUAUGAAAUAAAGUAAAUGUUGUUUGUA